AUGGAUGAGCUGUUGGAUCGCUGUCUGCUGCAAGCCCUCUCCGUCUCUGUCAAACCCUCUCACGUGCCCCUCCCAGCUAGCUCCCUCUGGUCCAAUCACGUGCUGCCAUGUCGGUCGCCCGGCACCACAGUGGACAUCAAGAAGUCGUCUCACAAGAAGCUGAGCAAGUGGAUGCAUGCCAAGGCUGUUGAUGGGCUGAUAAGCAGCAAGGAGGACAAGCACCGCAGGGAGUUCAUCAUCUCGUCUAUCAAACCCGCUUUCCAUGCUCCAACCCACCACUUCCGUUGCACCUUUUCUGAUGCACUCAUCGCCCACGCCACCCUCCUCCCCCUGCCUUUUCAGAUAAGCGGCAAGGAGGACAAGCACUGCAGGGAGUUCAUCCUCUCGUCUAUCAACCAUCGCCACCAGGCCCUCCUCGCAUUCUCGCCUUAUAAGACAGCCCAAUCCCCCACGACUGCACCCAAAGGUAGCUUCGGGGUAGCUACUGGAAGCGCCACCGUCACAACCACCACCACGGUAGAAGAGGUGUUCAAACCGUCUCUCCACGUGUCUCCUGUCUUUGAGUCCGUAGGGCUCGAUCCACACGCCUUCUACUCCCCCUCAGCUGUUCACAGCGCUGCGAUUUGCUAUAUCUCCCUCCACUCCCUCCUCGAGCCCUCCGACCCCUCUAUAGUCGUCCUCGAUGCAACGCUCUACGACGCACUGUACAAAGGCGCGAUAAAAAAGGGUGCGACUUACCCUGCACAAUGUCCCAAGAGGGAUAUAGGCCCCAUGUUAUUGCAGCGAAUGCAGGCGCAACACAGGGUGGAGAGGGCGGGGAGGAGCGUGGAGCGGAAGGGGGAGCUGGAACCAGUGGAGAUAUUUGUGAGGGGGCGACAGGGCAGCAGGAGAGUGACACGGGUGACAGGUGUGGAGACUUAUCUGGUGGAGGCUGAACCUCUUGCUGCUGAGCUGCAGAAGAAGUUUGCCUCAGGCGCGUCUGUGGCUCCAGUGCCAGGUGGGUUCACCUGCAACGGGCGCCAGGUGGGUUCACCUGCAACGGUCCUAGAAGCAGAGCUGCACGGUGCCAGCCAUGUGAGUAAAGCAGAGCUGCACGGUGCCAACCAAGUGAGUAAAGCAGAGCUGCACAGUGCCAGCGAUGUGAGUAAAGCAGAGCUGCACGGUGCCAGCCAUGUGAGUAAAGCAGAGCAGCAUGGUGCCAGCCAUGUGAGUAAAGCAGAGCUGCACGGUGCCAGCCAUGUGAUUAGAGCAGAGCUGCAGAAAUGCUAG